AUGGCUCGCUACUCGAGGGCAAACCGCUCGGGCCCAUCAUGGUCUCCUGUCCUCAUCCUUCUCUGCCUCUUGAUCUGUCCGCUCGCACUACUAGGUCACGCCAACGCACAAGGAGAUGACCAAGAACCACUAGGGUCUGAGACCUCGAGGCAGGAUCUUGGCGAUGUCAUAGGCAUAGAUUUGGGGACCACAUACUCCAGCUGUGUUGGUGUCAUGUUGAACGGCAAGGUGGAGAUACUUGUCAACGACCAAGGCAACCGCAUAACACCGAGUUAUGUGGCCUUCAACGACGAGGAACGUCUAGUCGGAGACGCAGCUAAAAAUCAGUACGCCGCAAACCCAGUUAGGACCAUAUACGACUCUAAGCGACUGAUCGGACGCAAAUUCGUGGACAAAGACGUACAAAGUGACAUUAAGCACUUCCCCUUCCGAGUCACAAACCAGAAUGACAAACCUGCCAUCACCGUUGAGGUCCAAGGAAAAGACAGGUCGUUCUCUCCCGAAGAAGUCUCCGCAAUGGUACUCGGAAAGAUGAAGGAAAUCGCAGAGAGCUACCUCGGAAAAAAGGUGGUCAACGCUGUUGUCACCGUUCCAGCAUACUUCAACGACAAUCAGAGACAGGCUACAAAGGAUGCCGGCACCAUCGCCGGCUUGAACGUCGUUCGGGUCGUGAACGAGCCAACCGCCGCCGCUAUCGCGUACGGUCUUGACCGCACUGGUGACGAACGUCAAAUCAUUGUCUACGAUCUUGGAGGAGGGACCUUUGAUGUCUCUCUCUUGACCAUUGACAAUGGCGUGUUCGAAGUCCAAGCAACAGCUGGAGACACCCAUCUCGGAGGGGAAGAUUUUGACCAGAGAAUCAUCAACUACUUCACCAAGAGAUACAACAAGGACAAGAGCGUGGACAUCACCAAAGAUCUGAAGACGAUGGGAAAGCUAAAGCGCGAAGUGGAGAAAGCCAAGCGUACUCUUUCUAGUCAAAUGUCCACCAGAUUGGAGAUCGAGAGCUUCUUCAAGGGAGAGGACUUCUCAGAAACUUUGACGAGGGCUAAAUUCGAGGAAUUGAACAUGGACCUCUUCAAGAAGACCCUGAAGCCCGUCGAACAAGUCCUGAAGGACGCAAAGGUCAAGAAGAACGAGAUCAACGAUAUCGUUCUUGUCGGAGGGUCUACUCGUAUUCCUAAGGUCCAGGCUAUGUUGGAGGAAUUCUUCGGAAAGCCACUCAGCAAAGGCAUAAACCCAGAUGAGGCUGUAGCUUUCGGCGCCGCUGUUCAGGGCGGUGUUCUCUCCGGAGCCGAGGGUACGACUGAGAUCAUCCUCAUGGACGUGAACCCAUUGACUCUCGGUAUUGAAACGACCGGUGGUGUCAUGACAAAGUUGAUUCCACGAGGCACCUCCAUUCCGACACGCAAGUCUCAGAUCUUCUCCACGGCGGCCGACAACCAGCCUGUUGUCUUGAUCCAAGUUUUCGAGGGCGAACGUUCCAUGACAAAAGACAACAACCUUCUCGGCAAAUUCGACCUCACAGGCAUUCCACCAGCCCCUCGUGGCGUUCCUCAGAUCGAGGUUUCCUUCGAACUUGACGCCAACGGAAUCUUAAAGGUGUCUGCUGGCGACAAGGGCACAGGUAAAUCCCAGAGUAUCACUAUCACAAACGACAAAGGCCGCCUCUCGCAAGAAGAGAUUGACCGCAUGAUCGCUGAGGCCCAAGAAUUUGCUGAAGAAGAUAAGGCUACAUCGGAACGCAUUCAAGCGCGCAACGGUCUUGAGAACUACGUGUUCAGCCUCAAGAACCAGGCCAACGACGACGAGGGUCUUGGUGGCAAAAUCGACGAAGACGACAAGGAGACUCUUUUGGAAGCCGUCAAGGAGACCGCAGAUUGGUUAGAGUCGAACGCCCAAGACGCCACAACUGAGGACUUUGAGGAGCAGAAGGAGAAGCUCAGCAAUGUGGCAUACCCUAUCACAAGCAAAUUGUACGCCGGCAUGGGCGGUGACAUGCCCCCUAUGGGUGGGGAAGAUGAGGAUGAAGAUGCCGGGCACGAUGAGCUAUAG